UCAUGCAGCUAGCUCCACGCAAUUCCAGGCUGACGAGAACUCACAUUGCGCAUCCAAUUCUGACCCACGAGGUGCAGAGCUCCUCUGCAUGGCGACACGUAGGCACGGCAGGCGUAAGCAGCAAGCUCGUCGUCGCGCGUCGUCAACCACGUGCAUGCAGCCGCUUCGAGUCGGUUGGCGCAAAGAGCAACUCGUGACUUGACUCACAUGGAACUGUUUGCCUGCAACAGUGCCCGCAGCAGCAGCAGCAACGGCAAGGAGCGCAGCGAGUCAGCGAGUCAGCGUCGGGCAAUCGUGAAUGCGCACGAGCGACGGGAGGUGCGGCGCCAGAGGGAACCCAACUCCUCCAAAGAGCACAGCCUAUAGCUUGUCUCGAUCAAGGCCAGGCCAGGCCACUCACAUUCUUGUCGCCUACCACGCUGGCGUAGCAACGUUCCGCUGCUACAUCCCGCCUAGCCACAAUGUGUUGGGGCAAAAAGUCGAAUUGCACGCCAUCGAUCUUGUAGCCCUGCGGGUGGGUGUGUGUGGAGCGCGGUGUGGAGCGCGGUGUGGAGCGCGGCGAUCAGCCAUCUGCAUGGGUCAUUUUGCUCGCCCAACCCCUUCCCCCCUGUGCACGCACAAUGAUGGGGGCCGCCUUUCUGCAAUCAUACCAGCCCUGCACGUGACCCGUCUUGGCAUCCUCCUCGACCGUGAGCCCAGCAGCUUGGAGUACAGUCUCUGCGUCAUGUCUCGUAUUCAGUCUGUUACCGACUCUAGCACGCACCGCGUCCAGUGCUCCCUCCUCACUCACUGGCCAGAGCAGGCGUCAUUACAGUGUUGGCCUGCACGCACGCCCCACAAUAAUAGCGUCAACGGAGCAGCACAUUCGAAGCUUGCCGGCCACUCACUCGCCUACUCACUGUGCCGCUAUCCACUUGGAAAUUGUCAACGCUCGACCCGAGCACUGGCACACCGCCCACAGUGACCUGAAUCACUUGGCUGGUGUUUUGCGCUAUCCAUCCAAACGCCUUGCGGUCGAGCGCGCUCCCCUUGUUGCCAUUGCCGAUCGUCGCCAUCUCCUUGGGACCUUGCAUCAGCCUGUCGUCCGUGAUGAAUGCGCCCGUAUCGUCGCUGUUCAGUUGCAGCCCGAACUUGCACCUAAUCGUCGCCACGCCAAAAGCGCGUGCGCAGCUCAGCAUCCACGCUUCGCCUUCUUGCUCGGCAUCUCCUGCCCUUCUCAAGGCUGACUCACGGCUUCAAGGUACCCUGCGCGCAAGAGGUGGGCACGAAUGCGGUAC